AUCUAUUAUGGCUGCUUCCGUGUUAGGAUUUUGUGAGAGUUUAUUCACAUGAAAUAUCUUACGAAAUGGAAGAACAUGACGUAAAUCCAUAUUCGUGACGAUAGCAAUCAUUAAAUGAAGUGUACGUCCGUGUGCAUGGGAAUGCACCAUGCCAUUCUUUAGACGGAAAACAGAUAAGGCUAAAGCUGAGCCGCCGACGCCAUUGACUGUCCCCACAGCAACGCCAGGAGGGGCAACUGUGAAGCGGACUCCGUCAAACCGCAGCGAUCACAGCCCGAUUACACCCAACUCUUUAAAUGGAGAUAUUGGUGUGCCAGAAACGAUGCUUGAUGGAGGUGUCGCGGGGAAGAAGAGACCCACGAGUCUGCUGUUACAGUCAGCAUCACAAGACUCUCAGACAGGUGUACAAGGUCCUGCAUCACCCAUGCGGACUUCGUCACGACUGUCAAAGACUCUGAGGGAGAUGCUGCACGAUCAAAAUGGUGUGGCCUGCUUCCUCUAUUACAUGAAGGCACAGAAAGCAGGGAACCUCAUCCAGUUCUGGCUGGACGCCGAAAGCUUCCAUGCAUCGACUGUGAUGCGAGUGAGAACGCACUCUUUGAAUUCCGUCGCUUGUAACCAUGGCAACACACAUGUCUCUACCAAAGAUAUUCAGACUGACUCACAGGAUGACACUUCACGAGUGCAAGACGUAGGAAGUAUAUCAGUCCCAAGUGUAAAUAGUGGUGUGGACAGCAGUGUAAAUAGUGGUGUGGAAAGUUGUUUAAAUAGUGCUGUGGAAAGUAGUGUAUAUAGUGCCACAGGCAGUGAUGAUCAAGAGGGAAGAUCCAAUGAUCAAGGCAUGACUGCAGAACCGGGCAACACGAACCCGGUCAACAAGACAGUGUGUUUAGUGCUAGUGACCCUGCUCAGAGACUCAGUGAUCCGACUGCUGGCCCCGGGGGUGCUGGGACAGCAGGGAGGGAGGACACAGGGGGGUGGGGGUAAGGAGGGGGUGGUGGCUGGAGGGGGUAGAUCUCCAGAUCAAGUGGACACAAGCAGGGGUAAUGCAGGACUUUCAAAACAAGACUUGAAGGAGAAGUUGAAAAAAAGUAUACAACAUGAUGCCGUCACAAUAUUCACCAAGUACAUAUCCCAAGAUGCAACACACCCUAUUGGUAUCACCGAGCAGAUCCGCAAUGAGACGAUACGACGUAUAUGUAAGGAGGAUGGUCACGUAGAUCCGGACUGCUUCGUAGACUGCCAGGAGUUUGUCUUUCACAAGAUGGGGAAGGAGUUCUACUCUGGGUUUCUGGACAGUGAGUAUCACUGCAAACACCAGGUGGACGUCCUGACUAGCGGCAAGGUCUACCUCGCCGACGUCCUCUACAACGAGCUGGCUCUGUCCUACUUCAUGGAGUUCCUGGACACUGAAGACGCUUGUCACCUACUACAGUUCUGGCUGGCGGCAGACAACUUCCAGCAACACUUGGCCAACCAGGGCCCCGGGUAUAAUGGUCUGCAGGCACAGGACGACGCCAUGGUGCUUUAUGACAAGUAUUUCUCCCUACAAGCCACACAGCCCUUAGGAUUUGAGGAUAAAAUUCGCUUCAUGGUGGAAGGCAAUAUAUGCCGAGAAGGAGGCCCUCUACCUGACUGCUUUGCCAAACCUAGAGAUGUAGUGUUGAAUACAUUAGAACAGUUCUACUUCCCCGCCUACCUCCAGAAUGACAUGUAUUACAAGUACCUGUCGGAUCUAGUCAGCACUGUCCAAACAGCUCAAGACAUCCCAGUCAGGCCAAAACACAGGAGAACAGAGAGUGAUGCAUCAUCGGAGCAUUCGGAACACAGUGUAGGGAGUCAGAGUGUUGGAGCAGACGGCAUCAAGAACACCCUCCUAGCCAUGGACACCAGCCACGUGAAGAAGGCACUCACUCGCAUCGAGGACGACAUGCGGAUCGACUCCAUGCUUCUCAAUCCAGAUGAGUUGUGGAAACGGCCAGAAGCUGGUGCUAUGACCUUGGGGGCUGUUGAUGACCUUGGACAGUUCAAGUCAAUGUUUGCUCCGGAGCCAGAUCAUGAGAAGAAGAAAGGGUCAAGAUUUUUCAAGAAGAAGAAAGAUAAGGAAAAGGAGCAGGAAGACAUGGCUUUGAGAGUUGCCCAAAUGAUCAUCAACGAUGUGACAACGAUGACUCAGACAGGAGAUAUAUACGCCGGUGUCGUGUCAUCAUCACCAAGACUGGCUCCCCGCAACACGCCCGACAGUGCAAUACACUCCAGCAAGGGAGGUAACUCCUAGCAGUAUUAACCAGUGUUGCAGUAUCUGGUUACUCAAGUAUGCUCGGACUGUUCAUGGAUGUAUUACUGAAUGAUUGAUUGACAGAUUCAUUACUGUAGAGUGAUUGACAGAUUGAUUACUGAUACAGAUCAAUACCUAAAUCUUCCAUGCAGCACAUUACACGUGUGAAAUGAAUGAUAUUUUUGUUAAAAUGUGAUAUUUGUUUGCAGUUGUCGAUAAUAAUAUUAUAUUGUGUUUAUCAUCGUCAUUCCAUGGUCUGAUAGGAGGCUGGUUCUAGACGAACGUAUUCGACUGUAUUUUCUUGUGUACAUUGCACACUAUGUUAUGGCAUGGCCUGCCUGUCUAGUACCCAGCCUAACAAUGGCAGCCAUGUUGAAAAAUCUAUUUAUGGUCUCUCACCAUCUUCGUUCAAAA